UGAGAUUCUGCUUCUCAUGACACAGAGUUGUGUCAACUGGGAUAUUUCUGGUAAAACUGAAAGCAAGAAAAGCCGGUAUCAGCCCCUGGGGACUGUGGGUAGGUGGUGGAAGGAGCUUAGGUGCCAUCCUCAAGUGACAGAUGGGUGAACCUUUCAUCUGAGAAAGAGGAGGAGAAAUGUUGGCAAAUCAAACCUCAACCUUGGACUGGUUGUGAAGCCGUUGUAAGGGAGACACAAGAGACAAGCACAAAAAGAGGAAUACUGAGCAGACAACAAGAAGGGCACGGAUUGUAACACACUGGCUACUUCACUGGCUACUCACUCAAACCGGAAGCAAAAUGUCCCUCAAAUUGCCAAAGAACUGGGAUUUCAACCUGAAAGCGGAGGCUGCAAAAAUAGCUCGAUCAAGAAGCGUGAUGACCGGUGAACAUAUGGCGGCCUUUCAUCCAUCAUCCACCCCCAACCCGCUGGAGAGACCCAUCAAGAUGGGCUGGUUGAAGAAGCAGAGAUCCAUCGUGAAAAACUGGCAGCACAGGUACUUUGUGCUCAAGGCCCAGCAACUCUACUACUACAAAGACGAAGAGGAAGUGAAGCCACAGGGCUGCAUGUAUCUACCAGGAAGUACGAUCAAAGAGAUUGCCACAAACCCAGAGGAAGCUGGGAAAUUUGUCUUUGAAGUUAUUCCAGCCUCAUGGGACCAAAAUCGUUUGGGACAGGACUCUUAUGUCCUCAUGGCCAGCUCCCAGACAGAGAUGGAGGAGUGGGUUAAAUUCCUGAGGAGAGUUGCUGGUAUGCCUUCUGGAGCCGUGUUUGGUCAGCGCUUGGAUGAAACUGUGGCCUAUGAACAGAAGUUUGGCUCUCACCCGGUGCCCAUCCUGGUAGAGAAGUGUGCAGAGUUCAUUCUUGAACAUGGUGUGAAUGAAGAGGGCAUCUUCCGUCUGCCUGGGCAGGACAACCUCGUUAAGCAACUGAGAGAUGCUUUUGACGCUGGGGAGCGGCCCUCCUUUGACAGAGACACAGAUGUGCACACCGUGGCCUCGCUGUUCAAACUCUACCUCCGAGACCUCCCAGAGCCAGUGGUUCCUUGGAGCCAGUAUGAGGGGUUCCUACUCUGUGGGCAGCUCAUGAAUGCAGAUGAGGCAAAGGCUCAACAGGAGUUGAUAAAGCAGCUCUCCAACCUUCCUCGUGACAACUAUAGUCUCCUGAGCUACAUCUGCAGGUUUCUACAUGAAAUCCAGCUGAACUGCGCUGUUAACAAGAUGAGUGUGGACAAUCUGGCUACCGUGAUUGGUGUGAACCUCAUCAGGUCAAAGGUUGAAGACCCUGCUGUGAUUAUGAGAGGAACUCCACAGAUCCAAAGAGUGAUGACAAUGAUGAUCAGAGACCAUGAAGUCCUUUUUCCCAAGUCCAAGGAUGCACCACUGUCUCCCCCUGUCCAGAAAAAUGAUCCCAAGAAACCACCAGUGCCACGAAGUUCUGUAGGCUGGGAUGCUACUGAAGACUCUCCAGUUUCCAGGACAGAAAGUGUCACUAACACAACAAGUGAUUUGGAUGCUACUAGUCCCACUAGAAUACAGCCAAGUGACCAGCAACAAGAGGACAGCAGCAAAGCCCCUAGGGAAAAGCCAGGAGAUUGGAAGAUACAAUCUCGAAAAAGGACUCAAACUCUCCCUAACCGGAAAUGUUUCUUGACAUCAGCUUUUCAAAGUGCUAAUAACAACAAAGUAGAGGUCUUUAAAAAUGAGUUUUGGUCUUCAGGGGCCAAGGCAGGGGAAGGGCACAGGAGAACCAUGUCUCAGGACUUGCGCCAUCUUUCUGACUCCCAGAGGACUUCCACCUAUGAUAAUGUCCCUGUCCUGCCAGAGGUCUCUGGGAGCACAGCAGGUGUUCCGUCUUCUUCCUCUGCUUGUGACUCCAGAACAAACUCUGAAAUGGGGCCUGGAAGGAAAAACUCUGGAGAAGAAGAACUGGAUUCUUUGCAGAGGAUGGUCCAGGAACUACGGAAGGAAAUAGAAAUACAGAAGCAAACGUAUGAGGAGCAGAUAAAAAAUCUUGAGAAGGAAAAUUACGAUGUUUGGGCUAAGGUGGUAAGACUCAAUGAAGAGCUGGAGAGUGAAAAGAAGAAAUUUGCUGCAUUGGAAAUCAGCCUCCGCAAUGUGGAACGCUCUCGGGAGGAUGUCGAGAGGAGGAACAAAGUCUUGGAAGAAGAAGUCAAAGAAUUUGUAAAAUCAAUGAAGGAGCCCAAGACCAAAACAGAUGUUUGAGGGUUCCAGAAGUACUGCUAGGAUAGCCUGAGACAGGCCCAGCAUUUGCUGCUUCUCAUCUACCUGAAUGGAAAACCAAAGUACUCUCUGAGAGUCUUGAAAAGGACAUUUGUGGGGAGAAACACAUUUCGUAGUAAAUAAAUCAGAGGAAUUUUCAGAAGAUAAGGGUCAACAGAGACACAUAGGGACACGUGUGACACGAGGCUUUUACACAUGAGGCAAUUGUGUUAUUUCUGUAUGGUCUCAGACAGUGAAAAUGGAACUUCCCAGGGUAUAUUGGCUAAGGUCCAAUGAAGACCCUUGGGGAAGGACAUCUCAGGAUUCAGGUCGAAGUGUGGGCCUGGCAUAGAGUUAAGCUGAGGCAUUAUUUCUUUAUUUUUUUUGUGUGAAAUCAUUUGCCUGUUAGAUGCUGUAAGGCCUGCUCAGAGACCUAGGGACAGGUACUCAGCUCUGAAGCAGUCACUUACAGAGGUAAUGAUUGAGAAGCUGAACCUGCUGGAGCCAGAACCCCGUCCUCACAUCCCCACCCUCCAAGAAUUCCCAAACUUAUUAUUAGACUGAAAAUAAGCAAGCCAUCAACUUUAUUUAUAAAUGGAUAAUUGUAUUUAAAUAAAGAGAAGAAGGAAGAAGAAGAGGAAGAGAAAGAGGAGGAGGUGGAGAAGAAGAAAGGCUAUUUGUAAUCCUUGCAAAACCUUCUUAAGAAUUAGUAAAAGACAUCCUGCCAUUGGAGCAGGUACAUCGCUGUCAGGGUAUCUGGCUUGGUGAAGGGUGCAUUCCACUUUUCUUUCAGUACCCCCAGUUGUGUAUGGAGAGCCUGGGAACAAAAGCUUCCAACUGUACUGUGCUCUCCUGACAGACUCAUUAUGUGUUUUCAUUGGAUGUCAGUAAUUCUUUUGUUUUACCAAAAUGUGAGGGAUUUUACUCUCACAAGGGUGAGGAACAUUCAUACUGCAGAUAGUAAAUGGCCUUCAGAGUGACUUGAUGUAAGUAUACAUCUCAUUGGCUCUUGUCAGAGCUGCCUGUGGCCUGUAUUGAUAAUUUUUUGAAUGAUGUUUAAUAUUCAAAUGGCAAAACAAGUUCCCUAUCCUGAAAACUCAACAGGCACUAGACUAGAAGGACUUUCCCAGCAGAUAACUAUUAUUCUUCAUCGGAGGCUCCUGCUCAGGCCCCUUAACCCUGGAUAGAUUGGUUGAAGCUUUUAUGUUUUCUGUUAAUGAGUUGUUAAAAAAGCAGUCCUUAGACUUGCUAGCAUCAGGGUUAGAACUGUUAUCUUGCAGAUAUUAGUCUCUUAAAUAUCUAGGAUUAUGGGCAUGAAAUACUGGCACCUGGAUUCUAGAUGUUAUUUUUUUAUUUCUUUUGCUCAGGCUCUGCACCACCACCUGUAACCCCACACUGAUGGGGUGGGAGACAACACAGAGCUCCAUCCUAGAGUCUUGCUUGCAGAAGAUUAAAAGAUGGUCAUUUGGGAUAUUGUUAAGAAAUGCAAUAAAAUAUUUGAUUUCCUAGGUUCUACUUGUUUU